GGGAAACGGAAGUGAGUUAUUUUGCAGGCGUCCAAAAAGGCGGCGGCCGUGUUCAUGCCGGCGGGAGGUGAGCGUGCCGUCUGGUCUUCCGCGCAGUCUGUCUUGGACUGACCGUGGUCUAGGGAGUUGCGUGGAACCCUCACCGUCUCGGGCCGGCAGGAUGCGGGUGGCUGUGGCUGGCUGCUGCCACGGCGAGCUGGACAAGAUCUAUGAGACGCUGGCGCUGGCGGAGCGGCGCGGCCCGGGGCGCGUGGACCUACUGUUGUGCUGCGGCGACUUCCAGGCAGUGCGCAACGAGGCCGACCUGCGCUGCAUGGCCGUGCCGCCGAAGUACCGCCACAUGCAGACCUUCUACAGGUAUUACUCUGGAGAGAAAAAGGCCCCAGUUCUCACAAUAUUCAUUGGGGGAAACCAUGAAGCCUCAAAUCAUUUGCAAGAGUUGCCCUAUGGUGGCUGGGUGGCACCAAACAUUUAUUAUUUAGGUUUGGCUGGUGUGGUAAAAUACCGGGGUGUAAGAAUUGGUGGAAUCUCUGGUAUCUUUAAAUCCCAUGACUAUCGAAAAGGUCAUUUUGAGUGCCCCCCUUAUAAUUCUUCUACAAUAAGGAGUAUAUAUCAUGUGAGAAACAUUGAAGUCUAUAAGUUAAAACAGCUGAAGCAGCCUAUAGAUAUAUUCUUAUCUCAUGAUUGGCCAAGAAGUAUAUAUCAUUAUGGAAAUAAGAAGCAACUUCUUAAGACUAAAUCUUUUUUCCGACAAGAAGUGGAAAAUAACACAUUAGGAAGUCCUGCUGCGUCAGAGCUUUUAGAGCACCUAAAACCUACUUACUGGUUUUCUGCACACCUUCAUGUGAAGUUUGCAGCCUUGAUGCAGCAUCAGGCAAAGGAUAAAGAACAGACAGCCAAAGCAACCAAAUUUUUAGCCUUGGACAAAUGCUUACCACAUAGAGACUUUCUUCAGGUGUUAGAAAUAAAACAUGACACCAGUGCUUCUGAUUACUUGGAGUAUGAUAUUGAAUGGCUCACUAUUCUCAGGGCUACUGACGAUCUUAUUAAUGUGACUGGGCACCUAUGGAAUAUGCCUGAAAAUAAUGGCCUGCAUGCAAGGUGGGAUUAUAGUGCAACAGAAGAAGCUAUGAAGGAAGUUUUGGAAAAAUUGAAUCAUGACCUCAAAGUUCCUUGUAACUUCAGUGUAACAGCUGCUUGUUAUGACCCUAGCAAACCACAGACACAAAUGCAGCUGGUUCAUAGGCUCAAUCCUCAGACUACUGAAUUUUGUGCUCAACUUGGCAUCACAGACCUCAAUGUUAGGCUUCAGAAGGCCAAGGAAGAACAUCAUUUUUGUGGUGAAUAUGAAGAGCAGGAUGGUUUGGAGAGUAAUGAUUCUGGAGAAGACAGGAGUGAGUACAUCACAGACACAUCUGCUCUGUCUUCUAUUAAUCCAGAUGAAAUAAUGUUAGAUGAAGAGGAGGAAGAUGAAGAUAGUAUUAUAAGUACGCAUAGUGACAUGAAUACGCCAUCUGUAGAACCGUCUGAUCAAGCUUCUGACUUUUCUACAAGCUUUUCUGAUGUCAGGAUCUUGCCAAGUUCCAUGAUGGUAUCUUCUGAUGAUACAUUGGGUUCCCCAAUUGUUACAGAGGGAAAAUGUGAUGAGGCUGUGGAGUCAGGGGAUGGGGAGGACUUAACCAAGGUGCCAUUGAAGAGGCUGAGUGAUGAACAUGAACCUGAACAAAGAAAGAAAAUCAAGAGGAGGAAUCAGGCCAUCUAUGCUGCAGUAGAUGAUGAUGAUGACUAUGCAGCUUAAGACACUGUACUUGCCUUAGUAUUAUAUGUAGAUACAUGAUUUGUGAAAGCAUAUUUUUAGAGUUGGAUUUUUGACUAAAGGCUUAAUUUUAUAAUAAUGAAGUUAUAUAAGAGAAUUUUAGUUAGAAAUUGACUAUCUUUAGGCCUUUGUAUAUUUCAGAUACAUAUUAAAUUUUUAUAUAUUUACUUGACUAGAUACCUUUUUAGGGAAGAUACACAUUAUUCCCUUUCAUUUGUUCAGCAAAUACUUACUGAACACUGACUUUGUGCCAAGCACUCUUCUGUAAUAUGCGACUAUAAAGAUGAGUAGGAGGGAUUUUUGCCUCCAAGGAGAUAUUACUGUAAACAUUUUUGUGUUUAAAAUAUUAUAUUUUGUUUUACAAAUUGAAGUCAUUAUUGUAUAUAUAAUUAUGUAUGCAUUCUUUUCAAUUAUUAUACUUGUUUUCCCUAGUCAGCUUUUUAUGUCUGUCAAAUAAAAAUUGAAAUUGAA